AUUUAUCUAACAUCUCUUAUCUUUAUUGUAAAUAAUAAUCAAGAAGAAAAGAAGAAGAAUACUAUUAUACCAAUAUUCUGAGAAAAGAAACAAAUCAUUCUGAAAAGAUUUAUGAUUAUAAUAUAUUUAAUAUUGGUAAGUUGAUAUGUGCUUUAGUGCAAUAUAUUUUGUGUCUCAAUCAAACAUCACAAACAUAAUAUGUAACUGCAUUUUACAGAUUUGUAUGUUACCAGCAACAAUGGCGUGUAAAAUCAAUCGGAUGGAUGCCCGCUAAGACGAUGUGUAUCGUACGAGUGCACGCAGUAGACUGAAAAUGCGAAGUAAGAACGACUCAUUGCGCUUGCGCGCUCAAGAACUCGUUCCAUGAAUGUCUUUCCUAUGAAAUUAUAUAAUAUCCGUUGAAUUUCUUUUAACGCUUAAAGUGAACGAUGAAUUGUCAACCUAUCAUCCGUGAAAUUAUUAAAUUGCAAGUGUUUAAAAUGUUACAGUAAUACUCUAUAUUUAAGAGACUUCAUGUUUUGCAUUGCGUUUAUGUUAUAAGUAAUCUAUGUUAAAAUAUAACAGAAUUAAAUGUUAUUAAAGAAGGGCAGAUGCUAGAUCUAAACUGAAUUUCACAGUUAAAUCCUGAUAUUCAUAGAGACAUGAUCUACAUACAGGCACAUUUCAAUCUCACUCGGAUUCUCAUGCUUGCGAUUGGUUUGUGGCCUUAUAAGCAAACAAAACUUGUACAACUUCAGUUAAUUUUGGUUUCGAGUAUCCUGACGAGCUUUGUUGUGUUCCAGUUUACCACAUUUCUAACUACAGAAUGCUCUCCUAACCUCGUUAUUAAAAUUAUCACUUGUUCAUUAUUUGUUGUUUCACCUAUGAUCAUGCACAACUCGUUUUGGCUUAAUAUUCAUACAGUGAAAUAUUCAUUUGAACAACUUCAGGAUAUUUGUAACGAGCUAAACGAUGAUGGCGAAAUUGCUAUCAUAAAAAGAUACGGAAACGAUACGAAACGUUAUACACUUAUAUUUUUCGUGUGUGCCAUGUGCUGUGUAGUUUUCGUUGGUUUUCUGUCAAUUUGGCCGCAGAUACUUAGUACUAUCUUGCCCAUUAAUGUAUCUCAAACACAACGCAUAAUGUAUGUCAUGACUGAGUACUUCGUUGACCAAGAAAGAUAUUUCUAUUUAAUUCUGCUGCAUGUAAAUACAGCUACUUGCAUUGGGAUGACAGUACGAGUAGCAACGGGAACAAUGCUGGUUGGAUGUUUCAUACAUGCAUGUGGACUGUUUAGUAUUGCUAGUUAUCGUAUUAAACAGGCAAUGACAAUCAAUAUGAUGAAAAAUGCUCACCAGGAGAAACAGAUCCUAAUUUACAGGAAAAUAGUUGGUGCUGUAAACAUGCAUUGCAAAGCUUUGGACUUCAUAGAAUUAUUAAUGUCUGCAUUUGAAGGAUUGCUUUUUCUUUUGAUAGUGAUUGAUGUAAUUAUUGUGAGUCUCAGUCUUUACGGAAUUUCAUCAUGUAGAGAUAACAUCUCGGAUUUUGUUUUAUAUGUUGCAUGCAUCAGUACUACUUUCGUGAACAUAUUCAUAGCCAACUAUUUGGCACAAGAUGUUACGGAUCACAACAACGAUAUAUUUGUGACCGUAUAUAACUUUCAAUGGUAUAUGGCAUCAUUACGUGUACAGAAGAUGGUGCUGUUCAUGCUACGAAGAGGCACAAAAACUUUCUAUUUGAUUGUUGGUGGGUUAUUUGUGGGAUCUCUACAGAACUCAGCCACGUUAAUAAGUGCCUCGAUAUCGUAUUUCACCGUUCUUUAUUCUAUGCAAAAGUAAAAGCAAGAUUUCCGAGGGAAGCAUAGCUAAAGAACGGAACUAUAUCUAUUAUACAGCACAAAAAGGUGAAACAACGUUGCGAAGAUGUUGUAAUGUUGAAUAUUGAAAUAUAAAUAUUUUUCAACAU